AUGAAUCUUGCUAAGGGGCGAUGUCUGAUACCGCCGUCGAAAGUGGUUGCAGAAAAUCGUCUUCGCUUCUUCGGUCAUAAAAUGAGGAGAACAGCAGACCGCCCUGUUCAACGUGCUCUAAGGAUUCUCCCGGAUUUUAGCUGGAAGAGGCCUCCUGACCGGACUAUAACUUCUACUACUAUGGUGGUGAAAGAGGAAAUGAGAAUACUCGGCGUGGAUAUUCAGAUCGAGAAGUCUGGCCAGAGCUAUGUGCAAGGACGAAUCACGUCGGAAAAGAUGCAGGAAUCAGCCCCAAUUGAGUCAAAAUGGCGUGAAAUGAAAUGUGGGUCAAAAGGUGGUGAUACGACACAGAAGACAGCUUCUCUAUGUGAUAUCUUGCUGAAGGAGACGGAAACUGACGAUAAACUUAGGCCUGCACCGCUUCAACCGUGCUUUGAGGAGGUUGUGAAUGGAAAACAACGAACGUACUGUAACGUAUUAUGCCCUGGUGCAGAUACAGUAUACUUGAUUAGGCGUCAACCAAGCAAUCAUAGGAGCUGCUUCUCACAUUUCACAUACAAAAUUGAGAAAAAAGGAAAUGAUUUCUAUUUGUGGAGGGAUGGAAAAUGCCGUACUUCUGAUGUCGACUUCACUAUUCGAUGUGAAUUUGCAUUCGGUCGUGCUGAAUUCCCCGCCGAUAACAUCGUUUUUGCAAAUGCACGUCGUAAAGCAUUUUAA